UUAUUGUAAUUUUUGCAGAGUAGUGAGAGUAUCAUGUUCAUUCUUCAAUUGAUGAGUGUUUACUCAAAUGGAUCAUUUAUUUACAGUAGACGGGAAACUGUGUCAAUGCUCGAUUGAGAGAUCCACAUCAAACCACAGGUUUUGUUGUCUUAAAGUGAGUCUUUACGGAUUCUGUCAGAAUCGUAAACGGUUUAUGAAAUGCCAAGAUUUAUCUAUUGACAUAAAGCAAGACAUUGUAAAAAUCGUAGACAUUAAGGUUAAACUAGACAUUUUAACGGGGUUUAAUGUGAUACUCUUAUACACUGUUACGAAAAGCAGUACUGGAUUAGUAUUUCAACUUGAAAGGAAAUUUAGAUCAUGUCGUGUAAUUGCUAAAUUCGAUACCUUAUCCACAUCGAGACAAAACAGUGUUUACUUCAUUGAUGGUCCAGGCAUUUUACGAGACAGCUACGAAAACAUAAUUUUCCACAGAGGUUUUAAUAACCAGAAGGAGUCUGUCUUUCUGAAGAAUGCUUCUAUGAAAAGUGUUCUGUGGUCUGGAUAUUGUGAAGAUUUAAGCAGUGUGGUCAUAAUUUCCUACAUCUCAAGGAAUGAUCAAACAGAGCUCUCCACUGUCUUUCUUGAUAGUUUUUCUGAGGAGUGGGAAACAGUAGAUUCCAGCUUGUUAAUUCCUGAGGAGUUUAAAAACUUAGUUACAGCUAAUGUUUUAAAGUUAUCCAGAGUGACUGAUCACGAAAGGACAGCUUAUUUUUCAGAUAUCAUUACAUUAACAACUGAUGGAUUUUUUAUUUAUUUACAACAUGGAAGGAUUCUUUGGGCUUUGCCUACAUCAAUAUCAGACACAGAGUCUACAGUUUUGUUUUCGUGGAGUGCAUACUCUUUAAAUACUCAGUUUGCGGUUAUCCACAAUGAUAAUGUCAUAACAUUUAUCAACACAAAGGAAGGGAAGAUUAUAGAAACAGUGACUGAUGUAAUAGAAGUUUACCAGGAUGAUUUUGUUGAUUGUGGUCAGACCCAGGUUCUCUGCAGAUUCAGUGGAUUUUCACUGACAGAAAACUCAGGUUGGCUUCUUACAGACAAAGGGGCAUGGCUGUUUGAUCAAAGAACUGUUGAGAAAGAGGUUGACCUUGAUGAAAGCCACAGGCCGGCUGUUCUUGCUCUACAGAAAAGACUUCAGAAUGAGCUGAUAGCUUUCCAUAACAAGUCUCACGCUGUCAACAAAGAGAGGUCAAAGUUCAUCACAGACAAUUGGAGAUUACUACUCCAUCUGAAUCAAUGUUCUCAAGCAAAAGGGGCAAUACAGUCAAACAAUAUCCUACAGAUUUCUUCAGAAAAAGUUUGGCAGGUUGCAAAUGACAGCAAAUGGUUGGUGGGAUUAAACCUUGUUAAUAGCUACGAUAGCCCACUCUGUGACCUUUCACUGUCACUUCUACCCAUUCAUCAAGAUGGCUGUCAGUCAGGAAAAGUUUUACACACCAGAAGUGAGUGGCUGGUGGCUGAAUACCCAGAAAACAGAAGUUCAAAGGUCACAAGGAAAAACAUGAGUAAGGUCACCAGAUCCAUGCCAUUACCCUCAGAGCUACAGCCCCUUGAGAGGGGAGUUGUGGUUUGUGAGACAGAUCUUCCUAGUUUUGUCUCCCACUCACAGUUUUCUUGUGAGGUCAUUCUAACCUUGACUUGUGGCUCUGGGAUUGAAGGACACUCAAGUGAUUUAAGACCUUUGUACAUAGUGCAGCAUUCUUGUGGAGUCAUUGCCAUUGAAGCAUAUAGACUAAUUAAAGAAGAAUAUUCUUUGGAAAUGGUAUCAGAGAAAGAUUGUAAAAACAGUGAUAAUUGGUUAGAGAGAACCGUAUCCUUAUUAACACACAUCGAAUGUCAUCUGGAAUUGAGGACAGUGUGGUCCAAUGCUUCACGCUUGGCUGACUGGAUGGAGAAGAUCUGCCAGUUCCACUUCAAUGCUCAUCAGAACUGCUACAAGUCUACAUUAAAUGCAUUCUCUGGAAUGAAGCUGAUAAUUCAUCCUCCAUUGACUCAUGACAAUGCUCAUGUCACAGUCUACUCAAAAUCAGAAAAACAAGUCUUGCUGCUAGUUCGUCAUCUUUACGAUUGUCUGGCGGAUGACGUCGUUAUUUUUUCGCAUCUUAGAGAAGAAGACGACGAAGGACUUCAAAAAGCAAUCGGAGCUAUCAGGAAGGAAAUGGAGUUAAUGAAAUCGCCACAGGAGGCACUCAAAAAGGGAAGCAAAGUUUUCAAUACGGAACUUCCGGAAACCGAUGACGGUGGCGCCAUUCUUGUGAACAACGUUAGGGAAAACUUUCGGAAAAGAAAAGAGGCCACAAAAUGUGCAAAAGAUGAAGACAGAAAAACAGUACAGGAAGACGAUCUGUAUCAAGCACAACAGCAUACGGACGGAGCUAUAUCAAAAUUAUUUAACUAGCAAAUUGUAUUUAUUUUUGGAGAACUCAGCUAUUCAUUUUAAAGAAAAUAUACGUCAUUCUUUUCUUGCAACUUUGAAAGCUUCCGUAUUGUGCAAUUUUAACUUACUUAAUUAUCUGGAAUAAAGUCUGGAUAAUUCAAGACUAUCCUUUGUUAGAGAACGUGUUUUUUUUCUUUUACAGCUUUAAAAGUACUUACAAAAUCUUUGUACUCUUUCAUGUUCACAGUGUCACUUACAUUGAGAAAUG